AUGGAUGUUUACAUCAACUCAAGCAACACAUCAAUAAAAAGGACAUUAGCAACAAAUACUGCCAAUUACAACAGCAACAACAACGACAACAACGCCAGCAGCAACAACAACAGCAACAUCACUGACAUCUAUAGUCUCAACUUCAUCUCAAAUUAUCUCUCCCCAGCAAAAUUAAUCAUUGAAUCGACACUAACACUAAUUUCUCUAAUUAUAAACGGAUACAUCCUGACAGCCUCGAGCAGAAUUACAAGAUCAGACAGGCUAACAUGCCUCAGACGACAGUCGCUGUAUACAAUUCUCUUCAUCAACUUGACCGCGGUUAACUUCAUAAGCACUAUCUUCAUGUGGUGUUCGAAUAAUCUAUUCAUGCUCUCCUUGCUGUUGAGUUGGCUGCCGAUAUCAAUUGAAAAUUUAGGCUUCUGCAAGUUCAUGGGCGUCUUAAUGUUCAUCAGUAUAUGCUCCGUAAUCAUUAACAUUGCCGCCACGGUCAUCAUUUUUGGUUUCUCGCUGGUCCAGUGCGUGGCCAUCAGCCUGCCCUUGAGACAGCUGACGUUGUUGAGGAAGAGGAACGUGUCUGGGUUUCUGUUGGUUUGCUGGGGAGGUGUUUUCAUCGGCUGGCUGGUCGUUUUGGGGGUUUUGAUGGUGGUGUUUGUGGAGGGGGAUGGUGCGUCUGAUGAGGGAAACCCCGCCGACGAUGGGUUGAAAUUGGGUGGUGUUGAUGAUUUGUGGUUUCAGGUGCAGACUUUGAACAACAGUAAACCUUAUAAACUGAUAAACUUUUCAAACUAUUCAACACACCGCAACGAUAAUAAUUCAACAUUUCCCGACUCAAACGCAUUUUCAUGCCACUCCUAUUCCAGCAAGGUCUUCAUCGCUUCGUUCAUAACCUGCGUGGCAUUUAUAACGGUCUUCUACUGCCUCUCCGUUUGCUUGCUACUGACCACUUUCUACCAAAUAAGAACAGUCGGUCGUCGCAUGGCUUCCUCUCGUCAAACGCCACUAAGUAACUCAAACGUCAGCGACAAACCAAUCCGAAAUUCGAUUCAAAACUCGAUUCGAGAUCCCAUUCGAGAUACGGUACGAAAUACAACUCAACAUUCAGUGCAAAACCAAAUUCAGGAUCCGAUUAACCAACUGACCGAGGCUGGUACAAUUGUCGGUAUAAUAAAGAAAGACCGGGGAAAUUAUUGUUGGAAGUGCUCAAGAAAUAACAAUACGAGUGGCAGUAGCAGUAACUGUUGUAGCAGCAGCAAUUUCAAUCAUCAGAAUAUUGGAAGUAGUAGUAGUAACAACAACAACGACAACAACAACAAAAUCGAAAGCGUUGAUACAAAUUUGUUUGCAUCAUGUGAGCACACACAAGGUCAUAAACUUCGAGUUUCAUUCAAUUUAGAAUCUGAUGGAAAGAUUAACAAGAGAAAAUACACUUGUGUUUGUGGUUGUUGCUCUGACAAGAAUGGUAUUAGUAACAGUAUUUGUUGUAUUAGCAGUUGUAUCUGUGAUAUUAGUAACUUCUGCCCGUGUAUAAAUAGUGAACGCGGGCGAAGUGAGCAUAGUAAGAGGAUUAGGAAUAAAAGAACGCGAUGUAGAAGCGGUAGACAGCGUUGCUGUGAUUACAAAAGUGUUUCUAAACCUUGUAGUUGUAUUAAAAGCGCUAAUAGCUGUAACAAUUUAAGUAGUAGUGGUUGUGGUAGUAGUAGUAGUAGUAGUAGCGGUAGUAGUAGUAGUAGGAGGAGGAGUAGUAGGGUUGGUGGUAAUGAUGAUGAUAUUGAUAGAGCCCAAGCUAAUGACAGCAGCAUACACAUCAACAACAGAACAGAUGAUGUUAAUGUAAUAUCAACAACAACAUCAACAACAACAACAUCAACUGCAACAUCAACAACAACAACAUCAACAAUUACAUCAACAUCAACAAUGACAUCAAAGAAGAUACAAAUAUUACAUACAACCUCAUCAGCAAGCAAUUUCAUGUCAGAUCUCCAUCCGAUGACACACGUGCUAAGUGGCCAGCGUGAUAAAAUCUUCAGCAUAAACGACGGAGAGAAGAAAUCAAACCCAAUGAAACAAAACGCAGAAAAAAUUUCAUCCGCAGUUCAAACAAAUGCCCGCUCUACAAAUUUUAACAGAAAAACAAAAACAUCUGAAACAGUACCGAAAGUUGUGUCAAAAACAACAACUCUGCCACUAUUUGGAGCCAAGAAACAAACAACGACGAAAUUGAGCUAUACAACAACAACAAAACUGAAACAUCCAACAACAACAACAGCAACAGUAACAACAACAUCCACAACAAAACCCACAACAGCAACAACAACAACAUCAGUACCAUCAACAACAUUAAACGCCACAACACGUAACGACAAGAAAGCCUUCAUUACAAUUAUGGCCCUAACGACGAUUCUUACCAUCUACUUUCUACCAAUGCUGGCAUUAAAUAUUCACUCGAUUCACCAUACCGAUUCUGAAGACAGCACAACUCUGUUCUACUUAAUUACCAUACUAGCUUACUCGAAGUACAUCGUCGAUCCGAUAGUAUACGGUUCUCGGAUGCCGGAGUUGAACUACUUAGUCGAAUACUUGAAGGUGUUGAAGAAUCGAAUUUUAUCGAUAUUUUGUUGGUCAUGUUCUUAG